AUGGCUUGGUACUCUAUUCUCCCACCCCAGCUCAUUCAGUUCGAAAGCUGGGCAGUUCGCAUCUUUUUCCUCCUCGGCCUAAUCACCAUCGUGCCCUGGUGCGCGAUGAUCAUUUUCGACGCCGGCCUAUACCUCUACCGAAUGAUUCUGUGGGAGCUUCCUUGGAUCGGCGGACGUGCUCGUGGACAUCAACGGCCACGUGCACCGAGCUUGAGUGAGCGGGCAGAGGGACAAAGACGCGCGUUGGGAUUUAAAGGCGUCGAAAGCGAUUCAGGGGAUUCGAGCGAAGACGAUCGAGGAGUGGAGUACAAUGGACUCGGCGGGAGGAAUAAUCGAGUUGAGAAGAAGAAUGUGGCGCCGGCUACAGAUGAAAAGGCGCAUUCCACCGCGGAUGGAGAUUAUCUGCUUGGGGCUUUAUUCAUGGGCGCAUGCUUCUGGGCGUGGAGAUGGGAUCGAGUGCGUGAUCUAUGGGCAUCGAGACGGAGUGAGGAACUUGAUGUGAUAAAAAGACAGCCAGCCAUCACACCUUUGAAAGACUUCCACUGGGCAUCAACAGAGCCACUGCAGCUGCGUCCCUUUCGAGGCAAGGUGAAAUAUAACCUGACUAUGGCUAUUGAGAAUCUAGAUCCAUCCGAGCUUAUUCAGAUGGACAAAACAUACCAUGACCGCAUCUCAAAGCGCAAGGCUAUAUUGAAUCAGCACCAUGAUGUUGUCGUGGCUGUCAACCAACCCCCGUUAAAAGACCCACGUAUUCGCGCCGCAGUCAGCGAGCUCUAUACUUUCAUAAUGGGAACCUAUCUUCCAACUCGAUAUCCUACAAUGUUCCAACUUGAUAGCGAUUCCAAGAAUGAAACGACGUUUGAGAAUCUUGUCACUGGUGCGAGAUGGCCAACCAAUCUUACAGAGCACAUGCCUACGAUCCGAGCACUCGAAAUCAUCGCCCAGACAGUUGAUGAAGAGUUCUUGAUCCUUCUACCAGAUACUUCAGGGCCCGGAGAGUCCUCUCCAUAUGUCCUUCAAGCUUACGCAACGUGCUUCCCAUCUGGCUUUAACACGCGUGAGAAGCUCGGUCUUCGGCUAGCAGAUAUUCAUGGCCCAGUACCUGGAUACGCAGAAAAGAUCGAGCGCAGCAUGGACAAAUUCUUCAGCAAGAUCGAAGUGGGAAGGUUUGUCAAGAGGGUUAACUGGGGUGUUACAACCGAGACAGAUCUCUUUGCUGCAUUUGGAUCUGUACAUGCCUCCCCGACUGCUGAUCCACAAAAAGAGCAUGUCAUUCAGCCUGGCAUGUUGAAUAUUGAUCAAACAGUCUUGCGUUGUGAGAGACAGACCCUGCACAGGCUGCCGCAGACUAAAGCUCUUGUUUUUGCUUUUCAUACUUAUACCUAUCCGGUGCAGCAGAUCAAAAAUGAAGGCAUGGGGGAAGAGCUGGCGACCGCAAUCGAAGGGCUGAAGAGAGGGAAUGUCCCCAAAAUUUAUUCAUACAAGAGAGGUGAUAUUUGGGGCCAAGCUGUGACCGAGUUCCUCAAAGCUUAA